AUCCAGAAGUGUUGAAUAGGGUAGCGUUUGAGAUGUACUUAAGAGUGCGUUAUACUAUUCCCCUUAAUGUGCAUGUUUGAAAAUACUCAGAAUAAAACACUUGUGAGAGCUACGGGAAAAAAAAAAAAAGGUCAACUGUGGCCCAAGAAAGGACAGGGACCAAGCCCACGGACGUGCUCCUCUGAGUUGCACUAGUCUCUGGGCCUUGGCUCCCACACUGAACAGCUCUCCUCUUUAAACGUCUUCAGCUGUCCUCCUCCAGGAAGCCGGGUCAGGCGCUUCCUCCCGGGCGUCUCCGGUCUUCGUGGGAACCACAGGUCAGGUGUCAACCUACUCCAGGAUGGGGGCCCCCAGGGGCCAGCCAGGCCUCCCAGCCUUGCCUAACCCUGGGGUUGACACGGACUUUAGCGUCUUUUUAAACUUCCGGCGCGGGCUCUGCGGUGGCACAGGAGGGUCCUCCGAACUUUCUCUGUGAUCUCAAAGGUCCAGAUUCCACAUUGGGGAUGGGCCCAACUGACUUUGCUUCGCUCUCAUUAGCCGGUGGUCCUCCAGGAAGGUGGGGCCGCCUCUCUGCUGUGCUCUCAUAGGCCCAGGUUCUUGAGUUCGUGUGUCCUUCUCUCACUCUGAUUGGUGUAUAUUCCCCCUGAGGGUGUGGCAAAAUCUCAUUGGCUCUCGCGCCCGAAUGUAUGACGUCAUGCGCUAGCGGCCGUCGCUUUUGCUGGACGUCAUCCUCGGGAGCCCACCCGUACGAAGGCAGAGAGUAGAUGGCAGAACCCGCGGCGGCGGCUAAGCUGAGACAGUAGUAGCGGCCACAGCGACGACGGCAGCGAUGGCUGGGGCGGGGCCAGCCCCGGGACUCCCGGGUGCAGGAGGACCCGUGGUCCCGGGUCCUGGCGCUGGCAUCCCGGGCAAAAGCGGCGAGGAACGCUUGAAGGAAAUGGAGGCGGAGAUGGCCCUGUUUGAGCAGGAAGUUCUGGGGGCUCCAGUACCUGGAAUCCCAACUGCUGUGCCUGCCGUGCCCACGGUCCCCACGGUCCCCACGGUAGAAGCGAUGCAGGUCCCAGCGGCUCCUGUGAUCCGCCCAAUUAUCGCGACCAACACAUACCAGCAGGUCCAGCAGACUCUGGAGGCCCGAGCAGCUGCUGCAGCCACAGUAGUUCCUCCCAUGGUGGGUGGCCCUCCUUUUGUAGGCCCUGUUGGCUUUGGCCCUGGUGAUCGGAGUCACCUGGACAGCCCAGAGGCUCGAGAAGCCAUGUUCCUGCGGCGGGCAGCUGUGGCCCCCCAGAGGGCCCCUAUCCUGCGUCCAGCCUUCGUCCCCCACGUGCUACAGAGAGCAGAUUCCGCUCUCUCCUCUGCAGCAGCCGGCCCCCGCCCUAUGGCCCUACGGCCCCCUCACCAGGCCCUCGUGGGCCCCCCUCUGCCUGGGCCCCCUGGACCACCCAUGAUGCUGCCACCAAUGGCUCGGGCUCCAGGGCCCCCGCUGGGCUCCAUGGCUGCGCUGAGGCCCCCUCUGGAAGAGCCAGCAGCACCCCGAGAGCUGGGCCUAGGCCUGGGGUUGGGCCUGAAAGAGAAGGAAGAGGCAGUGGUGGCGGCAGCGGCGGCGGCUGGGCUGGAGGAGGCCAGCGCGGCUGUGGCCGUGGGGGCAGGAGGUGCCCCAGCUGGCCCUGCAGUCAUUGGGCCCAGCCUGCCGCUGGCCCUGGCCAUGCCAUUGCCCGAGCCUGAGCCCCUGCCCCUCCCGCUGGAGGUCGUCCGCGGCCUUCUGCCCCCGCUGCGCAUUCCUGAACUCCUGUCCCUGCGUCCUCGGCCCCGGCCCCCUCGGCCAGAGCCACCCCCAGGCCUCAUGGCUCUUGAGGUCCCAGAGCCCCUGGGUGAAGACAAGAAGAAGGGGAAGCCAGAGAAAUUGAAACGGUGCAUUCGCACAGCGGCAGGGAGCAGCUGGGAGGACCCCAGCCUGCUGGAGUGGGAUGCAGAUGACUUCCGGAUCUUCUGUGGGGAUCUGGGCAAUGAGGUGAAUGAUGACAUCUUGGCACGCGCCUUCAGCCGCUUCCCAUCCUUCCUUAAGGCCAAGGUGAUCCGUGACAAGCGCACAGGCAAGACCAAGGGCUACGGCUUUGUCAGCUUCAAGGACCCCAGCGACUACGUGCGCGCCAUGCGUGAGAUGAAUGGGAAGUAUGUGGGCUCGCGCCCCAUCAAGCUUCGCAAGAGCAUGUGGAAGGACCGGAAUCUGGACGUGGUCCGCAAGAAGCAGAAGGAAAAGAAGAAGCUGGGCCUGAGAUAGGGUCUGUGGCCAGGCACCCGCUCCCACCUGGCCGGGCGCUGGCUCCUCCCUCAGUUCUCUUUGGAAAACCCCCAGCUGUCCACCCAUCCCUUGCCCCAAAACCAGUUUCAAUAAAUUUACGUUCAUUUCCA